CAUUUCGAGGCAACCAUUAACAAGAGAGAUUUGAAUCACCUAAAGACACAAAUAAUCCGCUUGAACAACAGAACUACAGUGAUCAUGCCAGCGGUCAGUUUUCAUAGUGACAACGAACGCACUCACGGAGCGCGUUGGCGGUGCUUGCUUCCCGUCGACAGCUAUUCGGCGAGACUUCAGCACACGAUCUGCAACUACUCCAAUGGAAUACUUUAUUUUUUUCCUACGAUUUCCGAGGCUCUGGCAGGUAUUGUUCUUCUUUCGGAUAGAUCUCUUCGCGCAAAAUCAUCCAACAUUCAUUGACACUGUGUACUCCCCUGUGACGGUUGUUGACCCUCGGCCAUCUGAACGUGUUAUGUGCUUGGUUUGGCGGCACACUUUUCAGCUUUUGCUAUCGAAUAGAAACUCCAAUGGAUUUGGCACACCGUGCAAUAAUUUUCAGUAGCCUCAAAAAUCGCGACGUUCGGAUGCCACCGGAUUUCUGUUGCUCGUCAUUCAACAAGGAAAAGCACAACCGCACGGCAAAUGGACACUGCGAUAGACGUUGCAAUCUGGGAUGAUCAAGGAACAACGAGAAUGAGAACACCAACCACCGCUUGUUGGAGACAUUGCAGACUAACGUACUACUUCUUGUUUUC